AUGACGGUGCGGAUAGCGGCUGGCGUGUUUGCUGAGCGGAUGGCAGGUCUGCUGGCCGCGGUGAGGCGGGAGGGUGGGCGGCUGCGGGUGGCGGUGGCGGUGUCUGGCGGGGCUGACUCGCUGGCGGCGGCGGCGCUGGUGGACGAGUGGAUUGCGGCCGGGGCGGCAGCCGAGGCGAGCGUGGUGACUGUAGACCAUCGCUUGAGAGCUGAGGCAGCUGAGGAGGCUGCGUGGGUGGCAUCACUGCCUGGAUCGCCGCUGCUCCCGGCGAUGGCGCCGGGCGCAGGCACUGUGCUCCGCGUUGACGAGCCGCCCUCAUCGCAGGAGCACGGCCGGAUGCUGCGUUAUGCAGCUAUGGCGCGGUACGCUGCAAGAAGCGGCAUCGAUGUCAUCAUCACCGGUCACUCGGCGGACGAUGUGGCCGAGUCGACUCUGCUUCGGGCCGGGCAGGCCUCGGGCGUCGACGGCCUGGCGGCCAUGGCGGCUAUGGCCGUUCUGCGACCGCCGCCGACUUUGCUGGCGGAGCGCAACGUGCGUACAAGCGAACAUCUCUCAGCUGACGGCCCGCCGUGGCUUUCCCGACCACUCACCCGGCACACCCGGGCGCAGCUCGAGGCAACAUGCGAGGCCUUUGGCCUCGCGCCCGGCGGAUGGGUUGCGGAUCCGUCGAACGAGAUGACCAAGUAUGCGCGGACUCGGGCGCGGCUUGCGCUGCGGUUGCCCGCCGCCGCUGUUGUCGAUGCUUCCGGAAGUCUUGCUCAGACUGCUCUUGUCCUACGCGACAUGCGCGAUGCCGCCGAGGCGCAGCUCGCGAGUUGGCGGGCGGCCCAUGUGGCGGUGCGGCUUGACGGGAGCCUGUGUGUGGCAGACGAGGCGCUGGAUGCGCUUCCGCAGGUCUUGCGGCUCCGAGCUGUCUCGAUGCUCAUCACAGCGGUGGCGCAGCGAACAUACCCUCCGCGGCGGCGUGGCGUCGAGGCGGUGCUUGCCCUCGUGCCUGGCGCGUCGCAGACGGUGGCCGGCGUGCUUGCAGUGAGGAGGAGCGGGCGGCUGGAGUUUAAAGCGCAGCCGUGA